AUGUCACGAAUACACAAAAGUACAAACCCAUCUGCAUCUAAUCAGCAACAUCCCAAAUCUAUACCCGAGAAACGACAGGGUCAACUUUUGGAGCAUAUAGACGAUGAAGUACUCAGUGUUAAUGUUCUUCGAAACAAUCUCAAAACCCAAGCAGCAACAAUAACAGCAGCAGCAGCAGCAGCAGCAGCAGCAGCAAAUAGUACUCAAGGCUCACUUAGUGAACUGCUGUCCACGCCACUAAAAGAAACGAUUGCACCGACACUUGAACAAGAAAUAUCACUUCAAGAAAAAUCCGAUCAAUUAGCAGAUGAAAAUUGGCAUAUAGCCACCGAAUACUACAAAAACAUCGACACUAAAGCAUUUCGUCAAUACGAACUAGCAUGUGAUCGAGUCAAAUCUUUUUACGAAGAACAGCAUGCCAAACAAACAGUGGCAUAUAAUAUCCAGGCUCGAAUUAAUUUUAAAACAAAGACUAGAGAUACAAUGUCCGUAUGGCAGGCGUUAGAAAAAUUGAAUAAGUUGUUGGACGAAAGUGAUCCCGAUACUGAAUUGUCUCAAAUACUGCAUGCUUUACAGACGGCUGAAGCUAUUCGACGAGAUGGUAAACCGCGAUGGUUUCAAUUGGUGGGGUUAAUUCAUGAUUUGGGGAAAUUACUUUAUUUUUAUGAUUCACGAGGUCAAUGGGAUGUUGUUGGUGAUACGUUCCCCGUGGGAUGUAAAUUCUCGAAACGGAUAAUUUUUCCCGACAGUUUUAAAGCCAACCCUGAUUUUCUUAAUCCGUUAUACAAUACUAAAUACGGCAUUUAUUCAAAACAUUGUGGAUUGGAUAAAGUAAUGUUAAGCUGGGGCCAUGAUGAAUAUAUGUUUCACAUAGCGAAAAAAUAUUCAAAGUUGCCUAAGGAGGGGUUGGCUAUGAUUCGAUACCAUUCGUUUUACCCAUGGCAUCAAGAAAUGGCGUAUACUUAUCUUAUGAAUGAUCAUGAUAAGGAAAUGCUAAAAGCAGUUAAGGCUUUCAAUCAAUAUGAUUUGUAUUCCAAGAUUGAUCGGGAGUAUGAUGUUGAUGAGUUGAAGCCGUAUUAUCUUGAGUUGAUUGAUGAGUUUUUCCCUGAUAAAGUCAUUGAUUUCUAG